AUGUCAGGUAAUGCAGCCCGGCAGAAUUACCUGCAUAUCAGGGAGCAGCAAGAGCUGAACCGCGAGCGGGCGCGGGAGGCGGCCGAAGAGGAAAGGCGGACGCAGGAAUUCCUUCAGCGUCAUAAGGAGCAGUACAACCACGUCCCAUCGCACGGCUACGGCCAUCUGAGGGGCGGGAACGAUGACGUGGAGAUUAAAGUAUUUAUCCGAGAGUGUGACAGGGACCGGGCGCAGACAUUCUGCUUCAUGGAGAAGGAUGUGUUGCAGCGGCGGGGCAACAGCGAGACAAAGCCCCCGCCGCAGCCGGUGCAGGGUCUUCCUCGGUUCCCGGCGCAGCCAAAGCGGCAACAGCCUGUGCCGGUCUCCCCGGCGAAUGUUUCACGGGGUGUGGUGCCGAAGUAUAUCCUUCAACGCAAGGCGGAGCUGGCGGCGGAGAAGGUGACGGUACUGCGGGAGAUAGAGCGGCAGAAGGAGAUCGCCAAGUACCCGCCAGGCCACCGCCCUGUCACAGAGGAGGAGCGCAAGGAUACCCUCGAAAAGCUUGCAACCCGACGGAAGGAGCUGGAAGUCGAGCUGCAUAAGAUCCCCAUCCGCUACGACACACAGUCGAUCAAGGCGCGGAGGAACAAAAUUGAGGGUGAACUCAAAGAGAUCGACGAGGCUGAACGUAAGUUCAGCGCCGCGAAGCAGCUGUUUGUGCCCAUCUAG